AUGACUACUGCUGAAUCAUAUUAUCCAAACGAACCAACCACUCCAAAGGUUGUGACCUCUGAAAUUCCAGGUCCAAACUCCGUUGCUCAAAUCAAACAACUUGGUGAACAUUUUGACUCAAGAUGUGCUUAUUUUGUUGUUGAUUACAAUAAGUCUAACGGUAAUUAUAUCGUUGAUGCUGAUUCUAACGUUUAUUUAGAUCUGUAUGCUCAAAUUGCUUCUAUUGCUUUGGGUUACAACAACCCAAAAUUGAUUGAAUUGUUGAGCACCCAGGAGAUGAAAAACGCUUUAGUCAAUAGACCAGCCUCUGGUAACUUCCCAGCUGUUGAAUUAGAUGCUACUUUACAAAAAGUUUUACAAGUUGCUCCAAAGGGUCAAAACCAAGUCUGGAGUGGUCUAAGUGGUUCUGAUGCUAACGAAUUGGCUAUCAAAGCUGCAUUCAUGUAUUAUGCUCAAAAGAAGCGUGGUGGUGACACUGUUCCAUUCACCGAAGAAGAAUUAUCUUCAGUCAUGGACAAUCAAUCUCCGGGUGCACCAUCUUUCUCCGUGUUAUCCUUUAGAAAGGCCUUCCAUGGUAGAUUAUUUGCCAGUGGGUCAUGUACUUGUUCCAAACCAAUCCAUAAAUUGGAUUUACCGGCUUUUGAUUGGCCUCAUGCCGAAUAUCCAGCUUACGCUUAUCCUUUGGAUACUCCAGAAAAUGUUGCUGCUAAUAAAAUUGAAGACGAUAGAUGUUUAAAGAUCGUUGAAGAUUUAAUUGUUAGUUGGAAAUCUCCUGUAGCUGCUUUGUUGAUCGAACCAAUUCAAUCUGAAGGUGGUGAUAAUCAUGCCUCCGCUUAUUUCUUACAAAGAUUAAGAGAUAUCACUUUGAAACAUGAUGUCGUAUACAUUAUUGAUGAAGUGCAAACUGGUCUAGGUGCCACUGGUAAACUAUGGUGUCACGAAUAUGCUGAUAUUCAACCACCUGUUGAUUUGGUCACUUUCUCAAAGAAAUGUCAAUCCGCUGGUUAUUGGUUCCAUGACCCAUUGAUGGUUCCAAACAAACCAUACAGACAAUUCAACACCUGGUGUGGUGACACCGCCAGAAUGUUGAUCUUUGGUACCAUUGGUCAAGAGAUCAUUGAUAAUGAUUUAGUUAGUCAAGUCUCUAGAGUCGGUGAAUAUUUAUUUGCUAAAUUAGAAAUUUUACAAACCCAAUAUCCAGAAUCAUUUAAAAACUUAAGAGGUAAAGGCAGAGGUACUUUCAUCGCUUGGGAUUUACCAACUGGUGAAUUAAGAGAGAAACUAUUAAAGAUUUUAAAAUCUAAUGGUUGUAACGUUGGUGGUUGUGCUGAAAAAUCUGUUAGAUUAAGACCAACUUUAACUUUUGACGAAAAGCAUGCAGACAUAUUCAUCGAUGCAUUGACUAAGUCUGUAUCCCAAUUAAACAAUUAG